AUGUCUGGCUUAGGAGGUCACUUCGCGGUGGAAUUCGCCCGUGAAACAUGGGCUCUGUAUGCCGUCGGCGUACUGGGUGCCGUCUUGCGAUGGGUUGCUCGUAUUCGACGUUUAGGCAUUCGCAAUCUCCAGGUCGAUGACUAUCUUAUGCUCUUCGCGGUAGUUUGGUAUACGAUCCUAUGUGUCGCUCUAAAUGAAGUCGCUUCCGGUGGCGGCUCGAAUCUUAUGACCGAAGAAGACAAACAAUCGUUGACGGAUAAAAUUAUCGGCGAACGAGUGCGCGGUAGCAAAUGGGUCUUCGUGUCGGAACAUUCCUUUAUUCUUUGCGUCUGGAGUUUGAAAGCAUGCAUGCUGGUGAUCUAUGCGCGUAUCACUGAAGGAUUGAAGCAGAAACGAUGGAUCAACUAUGUCGCAAUCUACGUUGCCCUAGGAUUUGUCGCAACCGAAUUGUCGCUCUUCCUGAUGUGCCGCCCAUUAACAGACUACUGGGCCGUCGUCCCAACGCCAGACUACCAAUGCUCGUCCUACCAAUACUACGAAGUCGUGCAAGGUUGCAUCUCAAUUUCUGCCGACAUCUUCAUGCUCCUCAUCGCCAUCCCGAUGCUAAUCCAAGUCCGCGUCCCGCUCAAGCAAAAGAUGAUCCUGACGCUCCUCUUCGGCAUGGGAAUCUUCGUCAUCGUCGCCGCCGUCCUAAACAAAGUGUACUGCCUCGUCCCGUCUCUGAUCUCCUACGUCUACAUGAACUGGUACUUCCGCGAAGCAACCGUCGCCAUCCUGGUCACCAACCUGCCUCUGGUCUGGUCACUCCUUCGCGACGUCUUCCCCGCCCUCAAGAGCUGGACCGGAGGCUCCAAGCGCGGCACCGACCGCUACAAGUCCGGGCCCUGGACCAGCAAGGGUGGCUCCAAUAUACCUCCCUAUGGCCCGCCCAGCCAUGCGCGAUCGGGAGACUUCGGCAUGCAAGAAUUCGAGGGCACCACCACGAUUACCCCGCAAAAGGCGACUGCUUCUGAUAUCAGUCUCAGCGAGGAGCGCGAUGUGAGCAGUGACGAUGGCUCAGCCCGUGCUUUGCGCAUUCGUCAGGAUAUUACCGUUACGGUGCAGCGUGAUUCGCGGCCGUCGGAUUAUGAGGCGAAUUCUUCGCGCAUUACCCACGCGCACGAGGAGGUUUAA